UCGGUUCGUGUCCUUGGGAUGGGAAUCCUCGUUUCAUUUCUUCCCUCGGUCUUGUCCUUCUGUCUUUGUCAGUUUUCCCAUUCCUUUCCAUUAUAGCCUUUUUGCUGCUUCCUGCUCAUACACACUUCUCUUUCUCUUUUGAUUGCCAAAAAUGGCCCCACAAACCAGGAGAAUGACAUUUCCCAACGUGGUCAUUGAGAGAGACACUGACUCUGAACCCAGUUCGUCAGAUGAAGAAGAAGAAGAUCACGAAGAAGAAGAAGAAGCAAAAGUUGUGGAUAACAAAAAUGAAGAGAGAAUGGAGGAAUCGUUGGAAGCGAAGAAGAAAGGGAAAACACCCAUUACUAUUAGUCUCAAGAAAGUUUGCAAAGUUUGUAAAAAAGUGGGUCAUGAAGCGGGAUUCAAGGGGGCUACGUAUAUAGACUGCCCCAUGAAACCAUGCUUUCUCUGCAAAAUGCCUGGUCACACUACAAUGGCUUGCCCGCAUCGAGUGGCUACUGAGUAUGGGGUCAUCCCUGCACCCCGCAGAAAUACCCGUAAUCCAUUGGAAUAUGUCUUUGAGCGCCAGUUCAGACCAGGUGUUCUUCGGAUCAAACCAGCUUUUGUAAUCCCAGAUAAGGUGACUUGUGCGGUUAUCAGAUAUCAUAGUAGACGUAUAACGUGCUUGGAGUUCCAUCCAACAAGCAAUAAUCUCCUUUUAUCUGGAGAUAAGAAAGGGCAAGUUGGAGUUUGGGAUUUUGGUAAAGUUCAUGAAAAGAUGGUCUAUGGAAAUAUUCACUCUUGCAUAGUGAAUAAUAUGAGGUUCAAUCCUUCAAAUGAUGAUUCAGUAUAUGCUGCAUCCUCAGAUGGAACCAUUAGUUGCACUGACUUGGAGACCGGAAUUUCAUUAUCUCUGAUGAAUCUCAAUCCUGAUGGGUGGCAGGGUCCAAGCAGCUGGAGGAUGCUCUAUGGCAUGGAUAUCAACUCAGAGAAAAGUCUUGUGCUGGUUGCUGAUAACUUUGGUUUUCUCUACUUGGUGGAUACUCGCUCAAACAACAAAAUUGGGGAGGCGAUUUUGAUCCAUAAGAAAGGUAGCAAAGUGGUUGGACUCCACUGCAAUCCUGUUCAACCAGAGCUUCUUUUGAGCUGUGGAAAUGAUCAUUUUGCUCGUUUAUGGGAUUUGCGUCGAAUGGAAGCUGGAUCUUCCCUCUAUGACCUUGCACACAAACGAGUUGUUAACUCAGCAUAUUUCUCUCCACUGUCGGGCAGCAAAAUCCUGACCACAUCACAGGACAAUCGUCUUCGUAUAUGGGAUUCUAUAUUUGGUGAUUUGGACUCCCCAAGCCGAGAAAUAGUGCAUAGUCAUGAUUUUAAUCGACAUUUGACUCCUUUUAAAGCAGAAUGGGAUCCAAAGGACCCUUCGGAGUCCCUUGCAGUUAUUGGUCGUUACAUUAGUGAAAAUUAUAAUGGAGCUGCCUUACAUCCCAUUGAUUUCAUAGACAUCACCACGGGACAACUAGUUGCUGAGGUCAUGGAUCCAAACAUCACAACUAUUACUCCUGUGAACAAGCUGCAUCCACGGGAUGAUGUUUUGGCCUCCGGUAGUUCAAGGUCACUUUUCAUUUGGAGGCCGAAGGAGAAGUCUGAGCUUGUGGAACAGAAGGUUGAAAGGAAGAUAGUUAUUUGCGAUAGAGCCGAGAAGAAACGAAGUCGUAAGUAUGGGAAUAAAAGUGAUGAUUCUGAUGAUGACAAAUUCACCUCCAAGGGUAAGAAGUUGAAGUCCAAUAAACCUGAAUGGAAAUUAACUCGCUGUUCUGGCAAGGUCAAACGCUAAUCUAGCACUAAAUUUGAACUUCAAAGUCCUCUUUCCUUUUUGGUCCAAGAGCUGGAAUAUAUCUACCAACCCUGGCAGAACUGUUUUAGCUGUUUGAAGCUUUCCAUCUGCCACAUCUCUGUACAGGAAGAUACUUGCCACUUUUUGCUUAGCCUUUCAGGCAAAGACCUUUUUGAUUUAGUACUAGGAAGCUGUAUUUAGCUGUUCAGCAUCUUGCUUCCUCUUUUUGCUGUACAUUUGGAAGGCUGACUGUAGCCUGCAGGAGGAUGCGUGAUAGUCCUUUUGCAACAUUGUACAAAGUUGGGUAUGUUGUCUUAGCAUGUUGCAUUGUAUUUCACAUUUCAGAAUGUAGCUUUGUGCAUGAGGAAUUCCCUCAACUGGCUUGGUCUACACGGUGAUGGAAUUUUUUCACCUGAA